AUGGGGAUGGUAUGGACCUCUUGCUCGGAUUCUCCUCCAUCCAAAGAUGUUUUGGCGGUGGAGCCUGAUCAUGUUGAAGUUGAAAAGCUUGAGGUUAAGGCUAAUGAUCUCGACAUGCUGAGAUUGAUGAGCUCUUUAAACACUGAAGAGCUUGGGCUAAAGAAUCAGCCUGAUCAUGUUGAAGUUGAAAAGCUUGAGGUUAAGGCUAAUGAUCUCGACAUGCUGAGAUUUAUGAGCUCUUUAAACACUGAAGAGCUUGGGCUAAAGAAUCAAGUCUUGCAACGGCUGAUUAGCAAGGCAAUACCUUAG